GGAGUCACACUGUUGCCCGCGCUGGACUGCAAUGGUGCAAUCUCGGCUCACUGCAACCUCCGCCUCCCGGGUUCAAGUAAUUCUCCUGCCUCAGCCUCCUGAGUAGUUGGGAUUACAGGCGCUCGCCACCACGCCCAGCUAAUUUUUUGUAUUUUUAGUAGAGAGGGGGGUUUCACUAUGUUGGCCAGGCUGGUCUCGAACUCCUGACCUCGUGAUCCGCCCGCCUCAGCCUCCCAAAGUGCUGGGAUUACAGGUGUUUAAACCACGGCGCCUGGCCUAUAAGGUAUUUUCUAUGGGAAAUAACUUGUCAAACUUCCGCCAAAAAGGAAUGGAAAGAGGGCAGCAUAGUGGCCAGGCAGUUUAUUUCCAUACUGGGAGAUACAGAAGGGAUUAAUUCUAACCAUAGGGAUUCUAACCAUCAAUUGUCACUCACUGGCCUACCUAAACUGAACUCUGGUCCCAGCCAGAACAAAUAAGAUCAGGAAGAGGGGAUGUCUAAGACUGAAAAGGGGGCUUUCUAGUUAAGCUCUUCAGGCAGGAGAGGAAAAGGAUGCCCAUGUCCCCAAAGACACCUUUAGCUACCACAAGCCCCAAACCCCGUACUUUGUAACUGUGUCUAGUUUACGUCCUUUAAAAAUUAUUCUUAUUAAGUUAAAUUGUUUUCGGGGCGGGGAAAAUACGAAAGAAACCAGUUAAAGUCUGAAAAGAUAGAGAGGCGAAAGUUUCUCACCUCAUUCCUCCAAGGCACCCAGUUCCUCUCCUAAAAGGCAAUCUACCAGUUCCUUCUCUAACGCCCCACCUUUUUAAUUUGAUUUUUUACCGAAAGCUCGCUCCCUUUUAAUUUUCCCUCAGGUUUCUGAAAAUUUCCCAAUCGCAGCCCCUCCCAGCAGGGAAACAGUAAAUGGGCUUGGUUUUUAUGUUCACCCCAAAGCAAGCCUACAAAAGGGAGUAGCCGGUUUCGAGCCUGACGGUGGAGCUGACGGGGAAUGAGAGACAACCUGAGAGGACCGCCAGGGCGCUCUCCCUGAGGAGGCGAGUCCCUAACCGCCCCUCUACAUCGUCCUUUUCAAUAAGGCGCUCUUAAUACCUGCAACUGCUUCCUUCGAGGGGUGGCUCGAGAUCAGUAGGCAAGGCCUGCGAACUGCGCACCUUAAAGCGCUUCGGGACCGUAAGACAGUGAGUGCCGAGCGCGCGGCCGGGAAGAAGCCUGGCGGCUCUGAGCUCGGAGGACAGAGACCGAAGCCCCGGGGCCUGCGUCCCUCACAACCUGCGCCUCCUGUCCUCCCGCGCUACUCCCGAAGCGCACCUUCUCGCCCGCAGGCCGCAGAAGUGAUGGCGCAAAGCCCUCGAGGCCUCCGCCACCUCCUCACGCUUCUGGUGGACCGAAUCCUUGGAACGGACAGGUAGCGGUUCCCGAUUGCUAUAGCGACGACCCGGCUCCGAGCCGCGCCCAGGCCCUGACCCGGGCGUCGUGACGUCAGCACGCCUUCCCUGGCCGCUCAGCCUCGCGGGCAGUGCGUCACCCCGGCCUUGUGGGGGGCGGGGCUCCGAGGAGCUCGGUUCAGAUCCCGGCCGCCUGGGCUCCAGGAGCCCCGGAACCAGGAUAAGUUGGAUGGCUGCCGCGGCGAAGCGGGGGGCGGGGUGGACCGUGCCCGGUAUUUUCUAUACGGGUUCCGGGGCCCGGUAGAGGCGCGCCAAGAGGAGAGGAAAGUGCGGCGGCCCUGGAACCUGGAUAUCGCGCGAGGCAAGCUGCGCGCGGGCGGGCGGGCUAUGGCGCAGGCGGGUUGUGGGGCCGGCGCUGGUGGCGGGGCCCGGUGCAUGGCGGUCUGUCGGCGGAGUCGCCCUCGGGGGCUGUCAGAUUUGUGACCCAGAAGGAAAUCUCUGACCUCAGCUGUGGCUCUUGGUGCUGGCCAGAAGCCAACUUCAUGUCUGAGUGCACGAGUAGCAGUUUGCCAUGGAGAGCUUGGGGCUGCAGACGGUGACCCUUAGUGAUGGGACAACAGCCUACGUCCAGCAAGCUGUCAAAGGAGAGAAGCUUCUUGAAGGGCAGGUGAUCCAGCUCGAGGAUGGGACCACCGCAUACAUUCACCAGGUGACGGUACAGAAAGAAUCUCUCUCCUUUGAGGAUGGUCAGCCUGUGCAGCUGGAAGAUGGCAGCAUGGCUUACAUACACCGCACACCCAGAGAAGGCUAUGACCCCAGUGCCCUGGAAGCCGUCCAGCUGGAAGAUGGCUCCACUGCCUACAUUCACCACCCUGUGGCUGUGCCAUCGGACAGCACCAUCCUGGCCGUACAGACAGAGGUGGGCUUGGAAGACCUGGCAGCAGAGGAUGAUGAGGGCUUCAGUGCAGACACAGUGGUGGCCCUGGAGCAGUAUGCCAGCAAGGUUCUUCAUGACAGCCAGAUUCCCCAUAAUGGAAAAGGGCAGCAAGUUGGAGACAGAGCAUUCCGCUGUGGCUACAAGGGCUGUGGGCGUCUCUACACCACCGCUCAUCACUUAAAGGUGCAUGAACGAGCUCAUACAGGUGACCGUCCAUACAGAUGUGACUUCCCCAGCUGUGGAAAGGCCUUUGCCACAGGCUAUGGACUGAAGAGCCACGUUCGUACCCACACUGGUGAGAAACCAUACAAGUGCCCAGAGGAGCUGUGCAGCAAGGCCUUCAAGACCUCAGGAGACCUGCAGAAGCAUGUCCGUACCCACACUGGUGAACGCCCGUUCCGGUGCCCUUUUGAGGGCUGUGGCCGCUCCUUCACCACGUCUAACAUCCGCAAGGUACACGUGCGUACCCACACAGGCGAGAGGCCCUACACCUGCCCGGAGCCCCACUGUGGCCGUGGCUUCACCAGUGCCACCAACUAUAAGAAUCACGUGCGCAUCCACACAGGGGAGAAGCCAUACGUUUGCACGGUGCCAGGCUGCGGGAAACGCUUCACCGAGUACUCGAGCUUAUAUAAGCACCACGUGGUGCACACACACUGCAAGCCCUACACCUGCAGCACCUGCGGCAAGACCUACCGGCAGACCUCCACCUUGGCCAUGCACAAGCGCAGUGCCCACGGCGAGCUGGAGGCCACGGAGGAGAGCGAGCAGGCCCUCUAUGAGCAGCAGCAGCUUGAGGCCGCCUCUGCAGCCGAGGAGAGCCCGCCACCCAAACGACCCCGGAUAGCUUACCUUUCGGAGGUGAAGGAAGAGGGUGAUGACAUCCCAGCCCAAGUGGCCAUGGUGACUGAAGAAGAUGGGGCCCCCCAGGUGGCUCUGAUCACUCAGGAUGGUGCCCAGCAGGUCAGCCUGUCCCCGGAAGACCUGCAGGCCCUGGGGAGUGCCAUCAGUAUGGUCACCCAGCACGGCAGCACCACCCUCACCAUCCCCAGUCAUGAUGCCGACCUGGCCACAUCUGGCACACAUACAGUCACCAUGGUCAGCGCCGAUGGCACCCAGACGCAGCCCGUCACAAUCAUUACCUCUGGGGCUGUGGUGGCUGAGGACUCAAGUGUAGCAUCUCUUUGUCAUCAACAGGUGGCACUGUUGGCGACAGCCAACGGAACGCACAUUGCAGUGCAGCUGGAGGAACAGCAGACCUUAGAGGAGGCCAUCAGUGUGGCCACUGCGGCCAUGCAGCAAGGGGCCGUGACCCUGGAGACAACAGUGUCGGAGAGUGGCUGCUGAGUCCAAGAGGGCUGGAUCCCACACCAUGCUGGAGGAAGUGCCAUGCUGCAUGGCCAUUCUUGCCCCCAAGGGCCCAGGCUGUGGCUGACACAUGGAAGGUGGCCACAUAGGUCUCUGGGUUGAGAAGACAGCAAGAAAACUGCCUACCUGAAGGGAAUGGGGGCCCUGCCCAAGAGGGGUGCCAGGCAGCUGGAAUCAGGGGAGUGCAUCAUCCUCGGGAGCUGACGACAAGCCAGGCUACACCAGGGCACCCUCCUCUCAAAAUCAGCAGGGUGCCCGCUGUCCUCCUAAAGAACACCCUUCUGGCCCUCAGUCUGCUGCCCUUCUCAGGUGGAGAUUGGGGCUGCUAUGGGGACUGGUCCUCUAGGGGAGAGCCACAGAUAGCUCUUCAGCCCAGUAGCAGCGGAGCAGGCCCUGUCCUGCCCUCCCAGCAAUAACCACCGCCCUGGAGGCCAGCUGAGAUGCCUGGCUACUUGGCACCAGGGACUUCCUGACACCACAGUCAAUUAAUUCCUCAGGGGCCUGUGGCUGGAGAAAAGGUGCCCAGCCCCCGCCACUCCUCAGCUGCCCCCCAACCUCUCUAUGGCAGAGAGGCAGGGAGUGGCCCUGUACAUAGACUGCUGGGGAUUGGGUUUGAUUUGUUUUGUUUUUUUUUAAUUCCAUUUUGAUAAUUUUUUUCGUGCUCUGGGUGGUGGUGGCACAUGGAUGAAUGAGUAUUUAAUAAAAGUUCCAAAUUUC